AUGAAAAAGUUGAGAGAAAAGUUAGCCGAAUGAAUGAGAGGAGAGAUAAAAAGGAGGGGACACACUAAACAACUUUAGUCUAUCAUUUCCUGUAAACAUUAGAAAAUAUAUUCCUAACGUAUUAUUGGAGACAUUUAUUAGAACCCAACGUUCACAUGUGUUGAGAAAGAUGAAGCUCUUCUUCUGUGCAAUUGUGCUGCUAUGGGCAUCCUCCGCGGAGUGCCAGCAAAGAGGUCUCUUCCCUGCCAUCCUCAACCUGGCCAGUAAUGCAGAGAUCACCACCAACGCCACCUGUGGAGAGCCUGAGCCAGAGAUGUACUGUAAACUGGUGGAACACGUACCAGGACGACGCAUCCGCAACUCCCAGUGUCGAACCUGUAAUGCCCAGAGUCAAAACCCCAAAGAGCAACAUCCAAUCACCAAUGCUAUUGACGGCACCAAUGGGUGGUGGCAGAGCCCAAGCAUAAAAAAUGGCCGCCAGUUCCACUUGGUGACCAUCACUCUGGAUUUACGACAGAUUUUCCAGGUGGCCUACAUCAUAAUCAAGGCAGCCAACUCCCCUCGUCCCGGUAACUGGGUGCUGGAGCGUUCUAUGGACGGUGUGGAGUACACACCCUGGCAGUACUACGCCAUCAGCGACACAGAAUGUCUGACCCGCUACAACAUCACCCCUCGCUUCGGACCCCCCACCUACAAACGAGACGACGAGGUCAUCUGUACCUCCUACUACUCACGUCUCGUACCCCUGGAGCACGGAGAGAUCCACACGUCUUUGAUCAACGGGCGGCCCAGUGCUGACCAACUGACCCCAGAGCUGCUAGACUUCACCUCAGCCCGCUACAUCCGGCUGCGUCUGCAGAGGAUCCGCACGCUCAACGCCGACCUCAUGACCCUCAGCUACCGUGACCCUAAGGAGGUGGACCCCAUCGUCACCAGACGGUACUACUAUUCCAUCAAGGACAUCUCAGUGGGCGGGAUGUGCAUCUGUUACGGCCACGCCCAGAGCUGCCCCUGGGACCCCGUUGCCAAGAAGUUGCAGUGUGUGUGUGAGCACAAUACGUGUGGGGAGAGCUGUAAUGAGUGUUGCCCCGGCUACCACCAGGAACCGUGGCAACCGGGAACCCUCUCCAACGGCAACACAUGCGAGAAAUGUAACUGCCACAACAAGGCCGAGGACUGCUAUUACAACCAAACUAUGGACGACCACAAGAUGAGCAUGAACUCGCAUGGUCACUUCCAUGGCGGGGGUGUGUGUAUCAAUUGUACCCAGAACACGGCCGGUGUCAACUGUGAGACCUGCACAGAUGGCUUCUACAGACCCCACGAGGUGUCGCCCUACAGUGAGAACCCAUGUGUGGAGUGUGGCUGUGACAUGAGGGGGUCUUUAACUCCUGCCUGCAUCAGAGAUGACAACCACGCCAAGUUGGAGAAAGGUCUGAACCCAGGCCAGUGUCUGUGUAAAGAGGGCUUUGUGGGUGAGCGCUGUGAACGCUGUGCCUUUGGCUACAGGGACUUCCCCCUGUGUUCACGCUGUGAGUGCAGUUUGGAAGGCAGCCUCAACAUYGACCCCUGCACAGAGUGCAUCUGCAAGGAGAACGUGAUGGGGGCCAACUGUGACCUGUGUAAGCAGGGUUUCUACAACCUGGAGGAACGUAACCCAGAGGGUUGCACAGAGUGUUUCUGCUUCGGUGUGUCUGACGUGUGUGAGAGUUCACCCUGGUCUUUGUUUCAGACUGUUCACUCCAAUGGAUGGCUCCUUCCUACCCAAAGCGUCUCCAUCUACACGGCACCCCUCACUGAUGACGACAACAACCUCAUUGUCCCCAGCAUCACCAUGAUCCAGUCGUACCGYUUUGUGUCUACCUGGGCCGCUCCAGAGGGUUUCCUGGGGAACAGGCUGACAUCAUACGGAGGGCUUUUAAACUACACUGUGGCCUAUGAUGUUUCUGUGGACAAUGUGGACAAUUCUCUGCCAUCACAGUUUGAUUUGAUUAUUGAGGGGAACGGGAGAACCCUGCGUCAGACGCCCACCAAGCAGCUCUUCCUGACGCCCCUGCGGGAGCAGCUUGUUUCCGUGGAGCUCCUACCGCAGGGCUUCGUAGACCUACACACAGGCCAGAGGGUUGACAGGGACGAGCUGAUGACAGUACUGGCGGACUUGGCCGGACUGAGGAUCAGAGGCCACCUCAAUGCCAGCGCAGAGGGGGCACUCAGGUUGAGCACCGUAUCUCUGGACAUGGCAGACAUCAGGGCUGCUAACCCAGUCCAGGCCUGGAACGUGGAGCAGUGUGAGUGCCCCUGGGGCUACUUGGGCACAUCCUGUGAGUAUUGUUCAUCUGGAUUCUAUCGCGUCGGCGGGAUCCUGUUCGGAGGUAACUGUCUCCAGUGUGAGUGUAAUGACCACGCUACAGAAUGUGACAUCAACGGAGUCUGUCUGGACUGUACCCACAAUACCACUGGGCCCCACUGUAACCAAUGCCUUCCCGGUUACUAUGGCGACACCUCAGAUGGCACCCCGGAGGACUGCCAGAGAUGUGCCUGCCCGCUGAUAGUGGCGACGAACAAUUUCAGCCCCACCUGUUUCCUGGAGGGCCCUGGACAGGUGACAUGUGACCAGUGCCAGCAGAGCUACACUGGGACUAAGUGUGAGAGGUGUGCUAAUGGUUACCAUGGCGACCCGGCGGUGGAAGGCAAGGAGUGUGUGCUGUGUGAGUGUAAUGGAAACGUGAACCCCUGGGACCCGGGUCACUGUGACACCAGCAGCGGUGUGUGUCUGAAGUGUCACAGCCACACCAGCGGAGACGACUGUGAGAGGUGUGAGGACGGCUACUAUGGUGACGCCAUCACUKCCAAGAACUGCCAGGCUUGCAGUUGCCAUGGAAAUGGGUCAUACUCGGCCAUGUGUGACCUGCUCACUGGACAGUGUACCUGCAAACCCAACGUAGUGGGAGAGAAGUGUGACCAGUGUCAGGUGGGCUUCCACAGUCUUCUCAGUGGACAGGGGUGCAGAGACUGUAACUGUAGCCAAUCAGGAUCUGUGUCCACAGCAUGUGAGGAGGAGGGGCAGUGCCAAUGCAUCCCAGGGGUGGCGGGRGACAAAUGUGACCGCUGUUACCAUGGUUACUUCAACUACCAGGACAGCGGGUGUACACAGUGUGAGUGUGCCCACACCCACGGAAACUGUAACGCGACAACAGGCAAGUGUAUCUGCCCUCCCCACACCAUAGGAGAGAAGUGUGAGUUGUGUGAGGAAGGUCACUGGGGUCACGACACUGUGGCAGGUUGUAAGUCAUGUGAUUGCAGUGAGGCGGGCAGUUCUGCUGCCCAGUGUGACCUCACCAAUGGGCAGUGCCUGUGCCGCCCGGAUUUCGCCAGUGAGAAAUGUGACCAGUGCACCAUGGGCUACAGGGGCUACCCAGAAUGCACGGCGUGCAACUGCAACAUCAACGGCACCAGAGAGGAGUUCUGUGAUAAGGAACUGGGCCUGUGCAGCUGUGAGGCCCCAGGGAACUGUGUGUGCAAGGACAAUGUGGGCGGAGGAGGCUGUGAUGAGUGUAAGAAGGGAUCCUUCGGCCUAUCUGGUCCUAACCCGGCCGGCUGCAGCCCCUGUUUCUGUUUUGGAGUCUCCUCAGACUGUGAGGAGCUCGGUGGGAUGGUCCGUGUACCGAUCACACUGGGGUCUGACCCAGAGCUGCUGCAUGUGGUCAGUCAGAGUGACCCCCAGGGCAGUGUGGAAGGGGUCUACCACCAGGCCUCAGACAUGCUGCUGGACACCAGGGAGAUAGAAAACAUCACACUGCCUGGACCCUACUACUGGAGGCUUCCCAAACACUACCAGGGAAAUAAGUUGUUGUCGUAUGGAGGGAAGCUGUCCUACGUGGUGGCGUUCUAUGCUCUGGAUGGGGCCGGCCUGGCCAACUACGAGCCUCAGGUCCUGAUGAGGGGGGGUCAUCUGGGAAAGAAGGUCAUCUACAUCGAUAUGCCUGCCCCUGACAACAGGGUCAAAACACGUCAGGACGUCCCACUGACCGAGCACAAGUGGAAGUAUUUCAACUCUGUGUCAGAGAAAGCUGUGAGUCACUCUGACUUCAUGGCAGUCCUGAGCAACAUCGAGUACAUCAACAUCAAGGCCUCGUAUGGUACAGGGUUGCAGCAGAGCAGAAUCUCCAAUAUCACCAUGGAUACGGCCCUAGAGGUGGAGGAGGGGUCAGAGGGUUUGGAGGUGGCGUGUCUGAUAGAGACCUGUGACUGUCCAGCUGGCUACGCUGGACUGUCCUGCCAGGAGUGUGCCCCCGGCUACUACCGCCAACCAGUGACUGAGCUGAACAUGCGGGGGAAGAGACCCCUGAUCCAGCCCUGCGUGCCUUGCCAGUGUAACAACCACAGCCAGGCCUGUGACCUGGACACAGGAGAAUGCCUGGGCUGCCAGCACAACACAGCAGGCGAGCACUGUAACGUGUGCGGCUCUGGGUACUAUGGGAACGUGAAGGGCUCCGUCAGUGACUGCUCUCUGUGUGCCUGCCCCCUCAAAGAGAACAGCUUCAGUCCUACCUGUGCAAUGGAGGGAGUGAUGGGAGACUUCCGCUGUAACGCCUGCAAGUCUGGUUAUGAGGGACGCUACUGUGAGAGGUGUUCAGUGGGUUACUAUGGGAACCCGUUUGGUCCAGGAGGGAAGUGUGAGGCGUGUCAGUGUAGUACUGCAGGUUCUUCUCAUCUAGUGUGUGACUCUCUGAAGGGCCAGUGUGAAUGUAAGGCCGGGGUCAGGGGACAUUUGUGUGACAAGUGGGAGGCGAGACACGUCCUGGACGGGGACCAGUGUGUCUCGUGUGAUGAUGAGUGUACGGGGAUCCUCCUGGAUGACCUGGAUGCAUUAGAGAGCUCCUUCCUGUCUGUCAACCUGACCGGGGUCAUCCUGUCCCCCUACAGCACACUGGUCAGCCUGGAGAAUGACACACGAGAGGUCAAGAGUCUGAUGUCUUGGGAAAGUAGCCCAGCAUAUCACCUGAACAGGGCGGAGGAGGACUUGACAAAUCUCACCCAGGACAUAGACGGACUGCUACGGAAGGCUACAGGGCUGUCUGCUGAUGGAGAGGAAGUGGCUCAGUCCACAGAGAACAGCAUUACCCAGGGGGCCAAGUUUCUGGAGUACAUCACCACCAUUCACACUGCCAUACAAGUCCUGGCGGAGGAAGCUGCCGAUCUGAACAGGACAGAGAACGUGGAGAAGGACGAGGCUAACAGCACACGUCUAUGGGAGCAGGUGGCGGCCAUGUUGGAAACCAUCAAAUUAGUCAACCUAUCCCAGGCCAAUACCAGCGUCUCUACAGAACUCAGUGCUACUGAGGCUCUCCUCCAGAGGGUGCUGAAGGACAUUCUGGAACCCCAGGGGGCGAUAGAGUCCCAGACCCUCAACAUCUCUACCACCCUGACUGAACACCACCAACAGCUAGAGGAUGCCCAUGCCCUACUGAUGACUGCCAGGGAGAACAACAACCACACACACACCCUGCUGGGGAGCAUCCACACCAACCUACCAGAGUACCAGGGUCUGAAGCAGAAUGUGAGCUGGCUGAAGCAGACAGCAGAAACCCAACUAGAGGAGACUCAGGACAUCCUGGCGGAUGCUGUCAAUCUAGCAGAGGACAUGAGCAACAUCACCUCUCACCUGGGAGGGGCCAAGGACCAGCUGGAGCAGUGGAACCCCAUGUGGAAGCAUGUGGACACGCUGGUGAUGGAGCUGAGGAAGAAAGAUGCUCUGGAGCUGGUCUACAAGGCUGAGGACCACGCCCGACUCAGCAAGAAGGCCCAGGGUCUGCAGAGCUCUCUAGUGGAGGUGAUGAAUACCACUCUGAACGCCACCAGUGCAGAGCAUGGCAACUCUAACAUCAGAGCUAACGUCCAGCCUGCAGAGGAGAUGGCUAACCUAGCCAACCUGACCGCUACUAUGGCCCUCAAUAUGGUGAGUCAACACUAAUCUAGUGGACAUCAGUAUCAACAUCAAUAUAGAAUAGAAUAAUGGUCCCAAAUCUAUUCGGCCGAGAGUCUAACCCUGAGAAACAGCACUGAGGGUCUCCUGGCAAACAUCAGUGAUGUGACAGAUAGAAUGGCCUUGCUGAAAGAGAAACUCUGUAACACCAGCCGUCUCAUCCCAGAGCAAGGCGCCCUGCUCCACAGCCUGCCCAACGGCACCAGUGAGCAGGUGCUGGACGCCAAGGAGCAGGCUGCCUUGGCCAACGCUUCCCUACAGAGGGCGCUGGAGCGCCUGGAGGAGCUCCGGGUCAGACUGGAGAAGUCCAGCACGGCUGUGGCCCAGGCCAGAACCAGCAUCUCCAACACCAACCAGCUGUUCUCCGACUCACAAUCCACUGCCAGUACAGCUGAGUCUAAGCUGAAGGAGGCAGAGAGUCGUACAGAGAGACUGUAUGACCGUCUCAAACCCCUCAAGACCCUGGGGGAGAACCUGAGCAGAAACCUGUCUGAGAUCAGAGAGAUGAUACGCCAGAUCAAGGUGGCAGUGCUGGCAGACAAAAACUGUGUGAGGGCCUACAAACCUGAGGUAUCCUCCAGUAACUUCAACACUCUUACCAUGACCGUCAAGACCAGCGAGCCUGACAACCUGCUCUUCUACAUGGGCAGCAGCUCCAGCGUGGACUUCAUGGCGGUGGAGAUGCAGCAUGGCAAGGUGGCGUACCUGUGGGACGCGGGUUCAGGCCACGCCAAGCUGGAGUACCCCGACGUCCAGAUCAACAACAACAAGUGGCACCGCAUCAACGCCACGCGCUUUGGGAGGCACGGCACACUGUCAGUCCACCAGCUGGAUUCAGAACCCCUGCCCGCGGUCAAGACCACCUCACCAGGCUCCACUACGAUCCUGGAAGUCAACAAAUCCACCCUGAUAUUCGUUGGUGGCCUGGGAGGCCAGAUCAAGUCCUCUGUGGUGAAAAUGACCCAGUUUAAGGGCUGUAUGGGGGAGGCGUCGCUCAACGAGAAGAACAUCGGGCUGUGGAACUACGCUGAGAGGGAGGGCCAGUGUCGCGGCUGCUUCAUGAGUCCCCAGACAGAGGAGACGUCCUUCCACUUUGAUGGCAGUGGCUACUCAGUUGUAGAGAAACCCCUCCGCUCCACCUCCACCUCCAUCGUCAUGCUGUUCAAGACCCUCUCCCCCAAUGGCCUGCUGCUCUACCUGGCCUCCAACGGCACGAGGGACUUCCUGUCCAUUGAGCUGGUGGAGGGCCAAGUGCGUCUGACCUUUGAACUGGGCUCUGGCCCUCUGACUCUCACCUCCAACAAAGCCUACAACACCGGCAGCUGGUACAAGAUCACCCUGCAGAGGAACAAACGCAAAGUUUAUAUGGCGGUGAUGGCGGCAGACAACUCAUCAGAGAAAGAGAUCAUGGAGGCGGAGUCUCCUGGGACCGCCUCCGACCUCAACCGCUCCGACCUGGACCCAAUCUACAUCGGGGGACUGCCCAUGUCUCGCCCUAUUAGGAGACAAGUAGUAGCACGGUCCUAUGUGGGCUGCAUAAAAAACAUGGAGAUUGCCCGCUCCAACUUUGACCUGCUCCGAGACUCCUAUGGUGUCAAGAAAGGCUGUGUGUUAGAGCCCAUCCGCAGUGUGUCUGUACUGAGAGAGGGCUAUGUGGAGCUGCCGUCUGUGUCUCUCGACCCCCAGGGGGAGCUGUUGGCCUCCUUCUCUACCCGCAAUGACACUGGCAUAAUCCUGGCAGGCUUCAGCAAGGCAGGCACCCGCAAAAGCAGACAGGCUCGCCAGCCCUUCCUGGCAGUCAUGCUGAUUUCGGGGCGCUUGGAGGUUCAUGUCAACAUGGCAGAGGGCGGGAGCGUCCACAAGGUUGUGGUCAAAUCACGCUCUGGGAGUUUCAGUGACGGACAGGAGCACUCGGUCAUCUUGCAGAGGAACAGGAAGAUGCUGGUUGUACUAGUGGAUGAGGACCACCAGGAGAUGGUACGUCUGUCCUCAGAGAAGGCCUCUCUGACCCUCACCUCUCUGUACAUGGGCGGGGUCCCACCAGGAGAGGGCGCCGGGCUGCUCCGAACCACCUCCUCCUUCUACGGCUGCAUCAGGAACCUGGCCCUGGACGCCAAGUUGUUGGACCUGUCAGCUGCUGUGAGGUACCACAAUGUGGACAUGGACAGCUGUCUAUUGGAGGAGAGGCCUAAAAGGGUCCUCCUACCUGACGACACUGACCUAGAGGCCGAGCCCACUCCGGACCCUGCCAGAACCCCUCCACCACCCCCCGGCCAGCUCAACGCGCUCACCCCCGGCACACUAACGUGUGCAUCGAUGGACAACACCUCAUCCAUCCCAGAGGCCCAGCAGUUUGGCAUCUCCAGACACAGUCACAUGGUCCUCAGCAUCAACCCCAACACAGUGAGGAGGAGUUUCUCUCUGGAGCUGUCGGUGCGUACCUAUGCCCAGAGUGGUUUGAUCUACUACAUGGCCCAUGCCAACCAGAUGGACUACGCCACUCUGCAGCUGCUGGGAGGACAUCUGUUCUUCACCUGUGACAAGGGCAGCGGCCCUGCCACCGCCACCUUCCCUGUACCCGUCAACGAUGGCCAGUGGCACACAGUGAAGACAGACUUCAAUAAGAAGAGUGUGGUUAUCAGUGUAGACGGCCAGCCGUCAACUCCAGUGCCGGCUAAAGGAAACACUCUGGAUGUGGAGAACAAGCUGUAUCUGGGAGGACUGCCCCAGACCUACACCGCCAAGAAGAUAGGCAACGUGACCCAUAGCUUGGCAGGCUGCAUCCAGAAGGUGAUGCUGAACAGUGUUAAGCUGGACACCCAGAAUCCAGUGUCUGAACAAUCCACUGCGCACUGCUUCGCCGCAGCCCAGGACGGGACCUUCUUCAAUGGGAGCGGAUACGCUGCUCUGAUAAAGAAUGGGUACAAAGUGGGCUCAGAUAUGGAGGUGGCUCUGGAGUUCCGCAGCACAGUGCCGGAUGGAGUCCUCCUCGGGGUCAGCAGCGCCAAGGUGGACGCCAUCGGACUGGAGCUAGCCAACGGACAGGCGGUGUUCCACGUGAACAACGGUGCCGGGCGGGUGUCGGCCACUUCGCGGCUGGGCUGGUGGCUGUGUGACGGCCGCUGGCACACCCUGCUGGCAAAGAAGACCAAGAACGCUCUGAGUCUGACCGUGGACGGAGUCACGGUGCUCACCGACAACCCCCACCCCCAGUCCACCUCGGCUGAGACCAAGGACCCGGUCUACGUGGGAGGCUUCCCCGUCGGAGUGAAACAGAACUGCCUGACAUCCAGAAUGCCGUUCCGUGGUUGUAUGCGUAACAUCCGCUUGAUCAAGGGUCACAUGACCAACAUCCUGGACUUCAGUACCGCCUUCACUCUCCAAGGAGUGUCACCCCACUCCUGCCCUAGCACCGCCACAUAACCUUGCCACAACCAUACCAGAACUUUACCAGCCAUACCAAACCAUUCCAUAUCUAACGCUAUGACCCUGUGAUUUGACCAUCGAAAUUUGACCUAUGAAAUGACUUCCAUUUGUAAUGUUUUGUAAAGAAAGAUUGAAGUAAUGUUUGAUCAAUGCGAAUUUUCUAUUUUUUUUCUUUUCUUUUUUUAUCAACUCAUUUUCUAACAUGAUUCCAAGUGUUGGUGUGCAUGUUCUUUUGUGCAUUUUGACUCCCCAAAAUUAAUUGGACAAUAGAAUGUCUUAGUUUUUAUAUGUGAUGUUCUAGAAAAGUAAUAUUUGUUAAUAAAAUACUUUAAAAAAUAUAGCUUACUUAAAAAAAGAUGUGUAUUGUAGUGAAGUCAUAGUUGCUCUGUAGGCUCCAUUACUAUAGGCCCGCCCACAUAUUAUGCAGUGCAUAACACAUUUGUCAAAGCUGCUUCCAAAGCUGUUAUCCGUUCUAUAGCAUGUCUGUUUGUCUUUCUGCAUAGUUUCCCAGGAGUACCUGCAGAAGAAUGUUCUGCAUCUAGUGUUCAUGCUAUUUUGGGGGAGAAACUGAGCUGAUUUUUUUCUAACAUAUUUCACAACACAGUUCAGGCAAGAGAAAGACAACUCCAUUUUUAACUUGACGUUAUAUUCAGUUGUUACUGUGUCAGAUACAUUGUGCCACUUGGCCAAAACUGUCAACAGUGGUCAAAUAAUAUUCAUAAAAUAAAUGCAAAUUAAAAAAAUGCUAAAUCAGUAUUCUAUAUACAGAAAAUACACACAUAGUAAGAGUCUAUGGUGCACAAUCAUUUACAAAAAAUGUUUACACACUGGCUUUGGAAGGAUGAAAAUAAU